AUGCAUCGCGUGUAUCGAAUGCUGAAGCAGAACGACGUUGACCGGAACCAAAUCUUUUCCUGGUGCGCAAAUAAUGAGAUCCGGUGGAGAUUCAUCCCGCCCCGUGCACCUCAUUUUGGAGGACUGUGGGAGGCUGCGGUGAAGUCCGCGAAGACCCACCUACUUAAGGAGAUUGGCAAUACCAGUCUUGCCUACGAGGACAUGCUCACCUUACUAGCGCAGGUCGAGAUGUGCCUCAAUUCACGUCCAUUAACGCCACUGUCGUCGGAGCCAUCAGACCUGGAAGCCUUGACACCCGGUCACUUCCUGGUGGGCUCAAACCUUCAAUCCGUUCCCGAAGCUACAUUCUUCAAUAUUCCCGAAAACUGGCUCAAUCAUUGGGAGCAAACUCAGCGUCACCUCCAACGAAUCUGGGCACGCUGGUACCCAGAAUACAUCCAGCAGCUGCAGUCCAGAGCUGCUCAAGGCUGCAAGUCACCCAGCAAGAUCGAGAUCGGACGGCUCGUCGUUGUCAAGGACGACUGCCUUCCACCUGCCCAAUGGCCUCUUGGCAGAAUCGUCAAGGUCCAUCAAGGGAAGGACGGAAUCGUCAGAGUGGUCACACUGAAGACUUCAUCCUCGGACAACGUCGUGCGACCCGUAGCACAAUUUGCUUUGCUGCCAAUAUCCAGCAAUCAUUCCGAUGCACACGUCGAACACAACUAG